AUGUUCACCCUACGAGACGCGAUUUUCCUCAUCGAAUUGGCAUUCUAUUGUCCCAUUCCGCCUGCCAUCAUCUUCAUUCUCCUCAUCCACGGCGGAAAAAAGCCAUACACAUGGCGUCCUAUCCUAAUACCUCUCUUCCUGCUUUCCGGGAUGCGAAUCGCCGGUGCAUCACUGGGCCUAGCAGCCAUGAAUCCCGACAAGUCCAACCUCCUCACCACAGCAACACUCCUAGACACAAUCGGACUAGCACCAGUUUUGUGCUUACCGAUCGGAGUCCUAGUUCGAGCCAACGCCCCCCUCCGCAAAGGCCUCUCCUUCUGGAUAUUCCUCCCCCUCCAACUAACCAUCAUAGCCGCAACAAUAAUGACCGCCUACGGCGGCCGCGAUCUCUACACAACUGACCAGCACCAAACCAAAGAUCUAACCCUAAUGCGCGCCGGAAUCUGCCUCUCCAUCGCCAUCUUCGCCAUAACCGUCUUCCUCUCCGUGAUCACACUAUUCAAAGUACAAGGCGGGUACGGAAACGAGCGCGCGGCUGCUAUGUGUGCGGUCCUGUCAAUCCCGUUUAUGAGUGUUAGGUUGGCGUUUUCGGCGGGGAGUUUGUUUUCGGGGGAGGAGAGUGUGUUGGAUCCGAUGGCGAAGGAUGAUACGGGGGUUUGGUUGCAUUUGUUUAUGGUUGUUGUUAUGGAGUAUGUUGUUGUGCUUUCGGCGACGGCGGUGGCGUUGGGGUCAAGGAGAGUUGUGCUUGUGGAGAAGAAGGAGGAUGGGUUUGAUAAGGAGAUUGAGGUUCAGACUUGGAUUUAG